AUGGCGUCGCUUGUAAUGUCUCUGAAGAAACUCUACCGUACCGUGUGCACCGAGCAGGACUUUUUCGGCCCGUUCGACCUGCUGCUUAUACUGCCGGGCUUUCAUCUGGCUCGCGGGUGGCACGGUCUGCGUGUAAGGUUGGUAUUUGGAGCGAUGCGAGCCAUUCAGCUGUUUUCCUACCUUAUCUGGGCCGACCGAUUCGUGCUGGCGCUGUUGAACGCAUCCGCCAAUCCUGGGAAGGCGCUGCACUAUAGUAACACGUUUGGCGUGCUGUCGAUGAUGGUGGCUCGGAUGUUGGUGUUCAAGUGGUACGUGGUGGACGUCGAGCGUCUUCAGCAGUACAUCCGACGGCAGCGAGCCGCGACGCCUCCGGCGACCGGUUCCUAUCGGAAGAUCGUCAAGACUGCCAUCAUCUUUCAACUGAUCGGGCUAGCCGAUCGGGCUGUGUUUGUGUUUUCGAGCACCUAUCGCCGAGAGCUAUACGAGAUGCCGGCCAACGUGUCGCGUUAUGGGUGGAUGGCAGAACUCCUGGUUCACAUCUUCUCAUUUGACUUUGCUUGGCGCUGGGCGGCGGCCUACAAUACCUCACUCACCGGCAUGAACUCCAUCAUGCUUGGCCUCUCGGACGAGUUGGCUGAGAUCGCUGAAGACUACCGACACCUGUUGGUUGUUGAGCCUGGCAUCGACUUCUGGACUCAGCUGGAACGCAACAUCCGGCGUACGGUACGACGCCACGAGCAGUUCCUGCAGCAGCUCGACCUCCUCAAACCGUUCCUGCGUACCACCUUCUUGCUUAUGUUCUACUCCGCGGUCAUCUUCCUGGCCAUUGGGAUGUUCAUGAUCAGCGCCAACGAAAGGCCUAGCACCUACGACAUCAUCCUCAGCGGAUUUCUGGUCACGCUGCUGCUUGAGUGCUACUGGUGCUGCCAGCUGGUGGACCGACUAAACGAUGAGAACGACAGGAUCGGUGAACAACUGUACGGGCUCGAGUGGCCGGAGCAGUUGUGCUACUCGCUGCCUAACGCCCACCGCUACCGACAGGCGCGUUCCUCACUCCUGAUCAUGAUGAGCAUGACGCAGAAGAGCCUUGGCAUCACCUGUGGCGGAAUGUUCGAGAUGUCGAGCGAAGCGUUCGCCAGUCUGGUCAAGCUGACCUACACGAUGCUCAUGUUUCUGCGCGACACACAGCAUCCCAACUAG